AUGGUCCGCCCUGAGCCCGCGGCGGGCGCCCACGAGCGGCUCCGGGGUCUGUGGCUGGCGCUGCGCGGGAGAGUGGCGCGGGCCAGCGGCCCGGGCGCUAAGAGGCGCAGCUCCGGGCCGGGGGAGGGCGGCGGGGGCUCGCCGGACGGGCGGCGGGGCUGGCCAAUGGCGCGGCAGGGGCGGGGCCUCGGCGCAGUUGCGCGCGGUCCGGAGCAGCCGCCGGCCGGCGUCCCGUGGGCUCCGCGGCGAGGAAGCUGGGCUCGGCGCCGUCCCCGGCUCCCGGCUGCGCGCCCGCCGCUCCAGCCGUCUGCUCCCGGGGCGCCAGCGGCACUCUCCCCGGUUCCCACGCCGCCGGACGGGAAGGGCCGCGGCUCUCCAGGCUGCGGGCCGGGCUCGAGGGGCUCCGUCCGGCGGGUCGCGCUGUUGGGGCCGCCUGUGAUGAGAGCGAAGCCGAGGGGAGCCCCGGCUCGGGGUCCCUCCGGGCCGGGUGGAGCGCAGCGGUCCUCCGCAGGGCGCGCUCGGAGCCCGACGCGCAGCCCGCGGAGUCGCCGUUCCGGCGCCCCCGCGCGGGGACCGAAGCCUGUAGCGCUCCGCGGGCCCAGACUGUCCACAGCCCAGUCCCGCCGAGGGCCCCGGAGGCUAGGACAGGGUGCCAGCGUCCCGCGCGGCCUCUGCAGGAUCCGGCCGGCUGCGAGCGGGGAGGGGGCCGAGGCUGCGCUGCGUCCCACGCUCGUCUGUGGGGCUCGGUGCUCGCGCGGGGCGCGGGGUCACCGGCUCGGAGCCCUCUGCGCCGACGGACGGCUUUCCGAGAGCUCCAGGGGUCACCGUGAGAAGGCUCAGCGACCUUCUUCUGACCAAGCACGAGGCCAGCCUCUGCUCUGGGCUGAGCGACCACAUCCAGUCACUCAGCCUGUCUCAGCUUUUGGUCGGCAUGCUGCCGUCUCACACCCCCUGAGAAGGAGCCGGAGUGUGGAGGGUCGAGACAAGGGAAGACAACAUUACGGCAGCUCGUCGCCCUACUGUUAUUGCCAACGGCUUAUUGGGCUCAACUUCUAGGUGUGCAAGCUGAGGUGAGCCAAGUGAAAUGCCAGCUCCCAGGCUGGGCCUUGCCUGGGGACUCCAUCUGUGUCCCCCCCACCCCCGAGUCAUUGUGAGGCAGACGACCGACCGCGCACCUCGCCCUGCUCGCAGACCCCAGGAGGCAGAGACGAACAACGUAGUCCUAAAAAUGAGAGGAUGACACAAACCGAUCAAAGGGGACUGGGACGUUCCCAGCCCAGGGGCGGUGCUUAACACUGUUUCAGAAAAGCAAAGCCGGAGAAUGUACCCAACACAGCAGACCAUCAGGAGUGCAAAACCGCACCGGUGGGUGCCCCUUAGAGAAGGACACCUACCUCUGUGCAAUGGUCCUAUGGCCCGCCAUCUGACCUCACGGUGUGCAUGUCAGGGACCAGCAGGCGGAGGAUUUCCCACCAGCUCCGCAGCUUUCUUCCCCAGCCCAACCCCACAGCUUGGCUCCGUUCCUGCACCCUGUCUUCCCUCAGGCCUGAGGUGGCUCUCGGCAGCUCCACCAGCUCCGCCUCUGCCUCCAGCAAGCCCCCUUUAACCUGCCUGUAGCUGUUUCGAAGCCUGUGUGCACGCUGCUGUGUUAAGAUCUGAUAGGAGAGUUGAUAUUAGUGAUUAAGAUGUGAAUAAAAGAAAAUGGGAUCGCAGCGGCCAGCCAUCAGGAGAAACCUGGACGAUCUGGUCAGUUCCGGCCAACGACAGCAGCAUAACCCUCACAUUUGUCAUCACUGAAUUCCGACACCAUAGGAUGCCCACGGCACAGCAUGCUCAUUACAGCGUGCGUGUGCGUGUGUGUGUGUGUGUGUGUGUGUGUGUGUGUGUUCAGUUCUGUCUGAAAUGUCAGGCACCCACCAGCAGCUGUGGACUGUAUACCUGUCUAAUGGGUGCUGCUGGAGUGAUGACAGCAAAUGACUUUGAGACCUCCACCAGUGACAAAGAGGUCUCCGCUAUUGAUGGAGCCGCAGCUCUGGCUCAUGUUCUCUGCUCAUAUAAGAGAAGAUGCUAAAGUGGCCAUUUUCUCACUCAGACAUCGGAAAGCCUGCGUUUCAUGAGGCUGGUGGACCCAGGGCUAUGGUCUGAUCUACGAGGAAUCUGACCCAAGGUUGGACACUUUCUCAGGCCUCAAGGCCCAGUUAGAGACCCUUCUCCUGCCAGGGCUGGCUGCGGUGAGCCAGGAGGGUUGAGGGUCUGCCAGCGUGUGGAGCUGGUCUCCAGAUGCUCUGUGUGAGAACAGGGCCCUCUGGCCUCCACACAGGAGCACAGGGCUUCAGGGGGACGGCAGGUGGAGCUCCAGCAGGACCCGGGAGUUCCCUAACUGCCCACCAGCAGGGCUCUUACCCAGGGAGACAGAGCCAUGGCCUCUUCUUGGACCGUUUCUGAAAGCUCUGCACCCCAAAAGGAGCAGAGACCUUUGUAUUGAUCGAAGGUGGGGUCACCAGGCAGGAGCCGUGGGAGCCAAGAUAGCUCCUGAUACCAGCUGAUGCCCGAGAUUCAGAGCACCCCACGGAAGCCCCAACCUCCAGCUGCUCUCAGAGGCGUGUGUCUGGGGCUCUUCCACCCUGUCUCGUUGCCAACCUGCUUUCCUCGCAUGCCAUCUUUGCAGGUUACCCAUGGAGGCUUCUGGCCCGUUCUCCUGCCUCAGUCCCGGCAGCUUGGUGAGGACUUGAAAGAGCAGAGGAGGAAGGAAUGUGCACUCAGCAGCUGCCCCUGGCCCUCACGCUCCACUGCACAGGAAGCUGUUUCCACGGUCGGCACUGUGGAUCCCAGGCCUUCGUCCCAGCUGUGGAAGGUGCAGACCUGGUAUUUCCCAGGCCAGGGCCUGCGGUGGACAGGACCAUGGCUCCGAGGGCUGAGGCCAGAGGGUGUCCCGAACUCUGUCCUCCAGGGACCACGGGGCACUGUUUGAAAGUGAGAGCUGCAGGGCCUACCUGACAAACCCUCUUACAGCUGUGACUACUACCGUGCCCUUGGGGGCGGGGUGUGGCUCAGUUGGUAGAGUACUUGCCCAGCAUGCUUGAAGCUCUGGGUUUGGUCCUUAGCACUCACAAGCUGGGCGUGACAGCGCAAGCUUGUAACCCCAGCGCUGCAAAGGUGGAGGCAGGAGCAUCAGGCAUUGGGAUUAUCCUCAGAUGCAUGUUGAGCCCAAGGCCAACAUGACACUCUGCCUAUACAACCUGUAAGUGGAGCCUGAUGUGGAGUGAUGAACAGCAUCUGCUGCUCUUGCACAGGACCUGGGUUCAGGUCCCAGCGCCCACGUGGCUGCUCCCAACUGUAUAAACUGCCAACGUGGCUGCUAUGGUAUCGUUGAGGGGGAGAUUGUUCGUGUAGAUGUAAGAGAGAGAACGGCCACAGGCAUCCAGGAGAGUCCAGAGCAGGGAGAGGAAGCAGUGGACUGCACAUGGCCAGCAGACUGGACCACGAGAGCAGCAAAGCUGAGAGAUAGAGAGAGGGAGAGGAGGAGAUUGGGAGAUAAGGACAGACAGGCAGAAAAGAGGGAGGGAGAGACAGAGACAGAGAGAGGGACAGAGACAGAGAGAGAGAAAGAUUGCAUAGCCAAACCAGCAGGGUUAUGAGGAGAAUGUGCAGUUGGGGGAGGAAAGCCCAUGAGCUGGAGAGGGGAGGACCAGGAUGCCAGUGUGGGCAGGGGAGGACCAGGAUGCCAGUGUGGGCAGGGGAGGACCAGGAUGCCAGCGUGGGCAGGGCAGGGCCAGGAUGCCAGCGUGGGCUUUGAACUGUGCAGCAGGGGCUUGUGAUACUGAGGGAGGCUGGCAGGCAGCAUGAGCUUGGCUUGCCCACAGGCACCACAGAAAACCAUUUGUCCCUUCUGCCAGUGAAAUGUCUGCUUUCGGCAGAGGGGAACCUGCCUCACAAGGUCCUGAGGAAUGCCGGCUUUUGUCUAACGCCAGAAUUUGGGGAAGUGGAGUUUCCUUUGGACCCAACAAUAACUAUCCGUAAUUCCAGUUUCAGGGGAUCCAGUGCCGUCUUCUGAUCUCUGUGAGCAGUAGGCACACAUUUAGUCACACACUAAAUACAUGCAUGCAAAACAUUCAUGCGCAUAAGUUAAAAUAAACAAAAAUCUAAAUAAAAAAUCAAGCAAGCCCAAACAAAACAACAGAAUCCCGCUCCGGCAGCGGGGCUGACUGUGGCCAGAAGUCCACCGAUCAGCAUUUGGGAGCUGGCUUUCGUGCUGGAGUGGACCUUGUGGAGAAGCAGCUGGCCCAGACCCUGUGCUCUUGUGAGUGACCCCCCACACCAGCAGGCACGCUGAGCUCGACUUGAGAGCAACUGUUUGUGACCCCUCUGAAAAUAGAAACAAAGAUUCCUCCAAGAAGUCGCAGCCCUUCAGCUGUGGGCUCUCUUCUGCCUGCCCCUGUGGGCUCAGGUCCUGUUGGAGGGUUCUGCUGUGCCCGGGGGAUGGGCUCCCUAGGAUGUGUUCCUUGGGCAUGUUCAUUGCACACGCACCCCCUCCUCACAUCUUCACAGCUGUGUGUGGGGGCUGACCCCAGGCCCCUUGGCUCCUAGGCCCCACAGCCCUCCCCUCCCCCAUCUCCAUCCCUCUGCCCCUCUGUCUGUAUGCCCUGAUGGCUCACUCAAACCCUGACUCCCUUCCCCUGAAUAAAACUUCCGUGUCA